CCCCCCUUCUCCCCAUGGCACAAUAACGAGAGGAGGAAGAGAAGAAGAAGUCUGCGGCAUUAGUUAAAGAAGAAGGAGACAUAGGAGCGAUGGGGAGGAGGACGAGAGACGCGGAGGCGGAGCUGAACCUGCCGCCGGGGUUCCGAUUCCACCCCACCGACGAGGAGCUCGUCGUCCAUUACCUCUGCCGCAAGGCCGCGUGCCAGCGCCUGCCGGUGCCCAUCAUCGCCGAGGUCGAUCUCUACAAGUACGACCCCUGGGAGCUUCCAGAGAAGGCGUUGUUCGGGCAGAGGGAGUGGUACUUCUUCACCCCCAGGGACCGGAAGUACCCCAACGGCUCCCGGCCCAACAGGGCAGCCGGGAGCGGAUACUGGAAAGCCACGGGCGCCGACAAGCCCGUCUCGCCGCCGGGAAGCGGCCGCCCUCUCGCCAUCAAGAAGGCCUUGGUGUUCUACCACGGGAAGGCGCCUCGAGGCCUCAAGACCGACUGGAUCAUGCACGAGUACCGCCUCGCCGACACCAACCGCUCCCCCAACAGGAAGGGCAGCCUAAGACUGGACGACUGGGUGCUCUGCCGCUUGUACAACAAGAAGAACAGCUGGGAGAAAAAGAUGCAGGCGAAGGAGGAGGCGGCGAUGGAGACGUCGGAGAUCAACGAGGACGCCAGAUCGGAUAGUUUGCGCACACCGGAAUCCGACAUCGAGCACGCCGGAUUCCCGGAGGUGGAUGAUCUGGUGCGACAAGGAUGCCAUCCCUUCCACACCUUGGAAAAGCUCAAAGAGGAGAGCGAUUGGUUCGUGGACUUGAAUCUGGAGGAGUUGCAGAAUCCUUUUGCCGGGAUCGCAUCUCUGCCCGUGGUCGAUGUGGUGAACCAAGAGUGCUGCUUCUUCCCAUCUAUGUGGCAGCGCCACAGUUCGCUCCUUGAGAUUUCAAUCUCUUCCCCCCUUCCCUUGGCUUCGUCUCCUUCAGUGACGAUGUCGGAUCCUGCGUCGCUCCCGCCCGGCUUCCGGUUCCACCCCACCGACGAAGAGCUCAUUCUGCACUACCUGCGGAACCAGGCAUCCUCUGUGCCAUGUCCCGUGUCCAUCAUCGCCGAGGUGGACAUCUACAAGUUCGACCCUUGGGACCUACCUGCCAAAGCCAUGUUUGGGGAGCAGGAGUGGUACUUCUUCAGCCCGAGGGAUCGCAAGUACCCCAACGGGGUCCGGCCGAACCGCGCGGCCGCCUCCGGCUACUGGAAGGCGACCGGGACCGACAAGCCGAUCCACAGGAGCGGAGGGAACGAGCAUAUCGGAGUGAAGAAGGCGUUGGUCUUCUACAAGGGACGGCCUCCGAGAGGGAGGAAGACCAACUGGAUCAUGCACGAGUACCGCCUCGCAGAAGCUCACCAUGGCAACACCUACAAGCCCAUGAAGUUUAAGAACGCCUCCAUGAGGUUGGAUGACUGGGUGCUCUGCCGCAUCUACAAGAAGAACCACAAUCUCCAAUCGGUGCCGCCACUGGUGGAUCAAGAACAAGAAGACUCCGGUUCCGGGGACAUCUACCUAUCGAGCUUUCGCAACACGGAGCAACCCAGCGGUCUUCGGCUGCAGAAAUCCUUCUCCGUGUCAGAUUUCCUGGAGAACUACUCUGCCCCGCCGUCGCACCUGUUCGAUAACCUACCGGAGAUGCAGGGAUCCGAGCUUGCCCUGCUCAUGGCCCAACCGAGCACGAAUCAACUCAAAGCCGAUAACAGCAACUGCAGCAAUGACAAUCACACGUUCGCUCCGUAUAAAAUCCGAGAAGAAUCCGCUGCUCCCGUUGCCGCCAACCCUACAAAGCGCCAGCGGACGACGGAGUCCUACCUAGACGGCAUGAACGAUCUCCUUCACCCAUGGAAGAAACCCAGCAGUGACGCAACCAUCUACACCACCGAGUUCUCCGACCAGUUCGACGGCACUCAGUGCAACUUGCUCAACCAGCGCUUCUUCAAUCAGCAAAUACUGCUGAACCCUCAGCUGGGAUUACAUUGACGCAUCGAUCGUAAUCGGACAAGUGGUAGAAGAA